GUGAGAACAAUAGUAUUAAAAAAACAGUAAGUAAUGUUACGACACGGCGGCAAUCAUUGUUGACGGCGAUGCUGACAUGGGCGUGUGUUCUCUUCCUCCUGCCUCUAUCCGUACCAAUAUCAUGCUGUUCAAAAUUCUACUAUGCAAGAAAUGCCUUCCAAACGGCAGAAGACUGUAAGCUCUGCUAUGAGACGGAGUGCAUGAACCUGGACCAGUCUCGCUGUGCUUACUACGCGGAGGCUGAUGGUGUGCUGCCCAAGGAUGAUGACGAGACAGCUACUGCCAGCAACCCCAAGUUGAGGAGAGAGGUUGAUGACCUCGUGUUUGAGUUGGUUGAUAAAGUUGCAGGACUGUCCAACAACAUGGAGUGCAUACCGUACGUGUCCCGGUACACCAACUGCAAUAAAGACAACAUAUGCCUGGGCUGCAAGACCUGCGCGUGUAACGCAGACGGGCGCUGGCAGUGCACCGUCGCAGCGCCGUGCCACUCCAAGCAGCCACCUCUGAAGAUCGACCACCGGGUCCUCGGGCUCGUCAUGGGAUCCUUGAUUGAGAGUGCACAUUCCAAGAAAGUGAAGAGGUCUGUAGUAAAUGACUCGGAGGAGUUCACGACUGCCACCACCACUCUCAGCCUGAAACAGAUCGCCGACUGGUUCUACGGCGUGCAGCCGAUCGGUCAAGUGAUCAGCAGCUCGGAGACACCUUCCACUGAAUCCACUAUAACUGAGAUAAAUGUUGAACCUGAUGAAACGCCUGCUGCUAUAACUGAAACCAACCCAACGACUGAAGCACCCACAACCACUACAGCAACAGAAUCAAAAACAAUUAACACUGACACAGACUAUCUAGAAUUCGACGAGGUGCUUCGAAGCAUCGCUGUAGACACCAAAUCUUACAGCCGGAGAAAGCCAUUGGAUAAUACACUCAGUAACCAUAGCUUUAGCGUAGAUUAUAUAAUUUUCGAAGAAGAUAAUGGCACUAGUAAUACCAAUGUUGAUAACUUUGCGUACAUGAUAAACAUGAUGCAAGACAAUGAGGCUGCAACUGAACCUCCCGUCACUGAAACUACUAAAAUUGUUAUCGAUUUACUGUCUGCGGCUGAGAAACUGGGAGCCAAGUCGAAUACAACUGAAGAUUAUGCUGCUUUGAAUAAAGACAUAGAAACUAAAGCCUUUGAAAACAUGAAUGAUGUUGUAGAUUACAACACACUCAACAUUAUGAAAAGAGAUGUCAAUGAGCAAAACAAAAUGACAGCUCCCAGCUUAGUGCCAGUAGUUACUAUUAUUGUAAACACUACUAAUGACACUAGAAAUAAUCAUACAGGAGAACCUCUACCCACUGAUCUUAAAGAAACUGUGCUAGUACCAUUCAAUAAAAUCAUAUUUGACAAAGUAAAAGAAUUAGAAAAUUUAAAGAGAAUCAAAGACAAUCUAGCGAAAUUCAUUAAAACUGAUGUCCCACUACCAGAAGAUGUUGAUAACAGUACAGGCAACACAUAUUUCUCUAUAUACAACUUAGCCAUGGGCACUGGUGUAGGUAUAGUGUCAAGAAGAUCAAAUACUGAGGCAUACGACAAGUAUACGCUGAAACUGAAAGGUGACAUUUUUGAAGUAAUUCGAGACAUAACGGCAAUACAGCGGCAAAAGAGUGUAGCUGUACCUGAUGACCUGAACUAUCUGCUGCACUCGAUGAAACGAUACGUUUACAAGAACCAGUGGCAGGACACUAAACCGAAGAAAAUAAAGAAGAUUGUAAAGAGAACGAAACACUUCAGGCGACAGAUGAACCAGAAUGUUGGACAUUGCGCUUACAUUUCAUUCAAAGACUGCUUGAUUAAAAUCUUAGAGUUAGUUGAGAAAGAGUCGCCGAAGUUUAAUGCUUUGUCUCCUCUGUCUCCCACCUCGAGGAGGAUAAUGAAACGCAUUAUUAACUCCUUCUACGUAGAUGAACUAGCUGUAGCCGGAGUACGCGUGCGCGACCCCAAUUAUAACCUAACUAAUGAUUUACAAGUGAUUGGCUCCAAGUGGCAGGACAUGUCAGCAAAUAUCAUGAGCAGCACUCCUUUUGCGAGCCUAUUUAGAAUGAAACUACUACACUUUGCUUUGACUUCAGAUAUUAGCAAAAUAAAUGACGCUAUAAGUUUAAUAGAUUUUUCUCACAGCAGACGUAUGCUGCCGUCAUUGGAUAAAGUAAACGAUGACGUAAUAGACAAAAUAAACGAUGGCUUGACUGCUAUUCACGACAAAAUGCAAUUGAUAAUAAAAUACUACUCACUGAAAACUAAUUCAUCAGAAACAAUAAAUCCACAAGUAGAAGACGAAACCAGUAAUCCAGUGAAAAACACAACUGAUUCAAAGAAAAAGAAAAAUCGUUCAUUCAUUACACACAUCCGCAGUUUACUGGAGACUUCAAAGAAAGAUAUCGCUGAACUUCUCCACAGGAAAGUUCCUAAGUCGGAAAUAGUAAAACAACUGGCGAAGAAAAAAUUGGACGAAAUAUCAGAGAAAAGGUAUAACGAGUAUGAGGAAGCUAUGAAGAAAUGGCAGAAGAAUUUAGAUGUAACUUCGAGAAGUAAAAGAUCCCUUUUGUAUGGAUUCCAGACACGGAUCAAGAAUAUUAUACCGGGAUAUUUAAGACAUAAGGUCAAUCCGAAAAUAAAGAAGAACGCCACACGUUUUGCCGACGAAUGGAAGAAGAAAAGGAUGGCUGCAACACAUGAACGCAUGAGGAGGAGAACCACAACACCUAAAACGAAGUGGCAGAAUGGAAACGUGUCUCCAAAAACUACGACAACCAAAUCAAGCACUACUACAGCCAAGUCAUCAACUUUGAGGACCAGUCACAAGCCACCACCGCCACCCCCACUACCACCAGCCACCAUCAGCAAUUCAAGCCAUCAUUGAUUCAAGCAGAGACAUUAACAAUCCAUCUGUGAUCAUUGCCAUGUUAAGUACAAUCACUAAUAAAGUACAAUGAUUUGUUUUGUUCUUCCUGAGA